AUGAUAUCAAUACCUUAUAAGAGGAUAGUGAUAGCAUUUUUCUGUAUCGGGUUCUUGUUAUGUUUGGCUAAUUGGAGUCAUCAACAACACAUGCAGCUCAAUAGCAUUGCACGCAGGAACGAAAUGAACUCACACCAAGAGCAGAAGUAUGCGACGAAACGUGAAAAAGAAGAAGAGGAUGGUGACAACGAACUUUUUUGCGCAGUAAUGAACCCACUCACGGGCAACUAUAUCGAUCUGUCACAGCUAUCAGCUACGCCUAAUAGUCUGCUGGGAGACUCCAAUAGGGACCACCGAAAAAAACAACAGGAUUGGCAGAAAACUCGGUGGCUCGUGAGGGAUCCCGACACUCAGCGUAACUACACUUUAGGGAUCUGCUCGAGCGCCACGCGCGAAGGAGUGGACUCGCUGGCGAAUUCCACGGGAGCGUUUUUCGUGGACCCUCAAUCGCACCAGGAGGUGUCGAUUGGUGACUAUAUCACACAGCCGCGAUUUGUGGGCAAAAAAUUGACCAUGGCGUACGAAAACGGCGAUCUGUGUCCCAACGGGAUCGACAGACGGUCCACGCUGCUGAAUUUCGUGUGCGACAAAGAGAUCCAAUCCAAGGCUCAGGUCAAUUAUGUCGGGUCGUUGCACAAUUGCUCGUAUUUCUUCGAGGUCCGCAGCGUGUAUGCAUGUCCCACGUCUCAUAAGAGCAACGAUGUGAACGUCCUGGGUAUUUUUUUGGGAUAUUUCUGGUGUUUUUCGUGGUGGAGUGGGGCCGACGUUGGUUUUAUGGUCGCGUCAGGGCUAGGUUACGGUAUGGUGGGGAUCCUGCUUCCUUGGACAACAGACCGCAUUGGGACUCCAUUGAAAGACCGUCCAGGAUACGUCAGUUUUUAA